AGCCGCCGCUCGCGCCGAAGUCCAAAGCCGAGACACUGCGGGAGACGACGCUGUCUACAAAGUGUGUUCAGCCGUCCUCACUCGGCUAGACGAACUGAUAUGAGGGAGCCAAAGAGAGAAGCACACAGCCCAAGGAACACGCCAAGUCCGUUCGAAUAAGUGGGACAGAACAGGAAAAAGCUACAACUUUAUGCUGUCAAGCCCACCACCCACCACUGCCUCUCACCACGGCCCCCUGCCUGUCAUAGCUGUGCUAUCCACUCCUGCACGUCAUCCUUUAACCUUCCAUCACAUUUGUCAACCCUCGUGUCAGUCAGAGGCCAUGUCUGCGACUUCGGAUGCCGUCGAGUUUCCUGCCAAUGCCGGCACACUAGAGUACGCUCUCUCGCAGGACGCCCAGGACCCUUUGCGGCACCUGCGCGAGCAUUUUAUCUUCCCCACAGUGGCCUCGCUGAAGAAGAAGGCCCUGGACGGCAAGAUCCCUGCUUACCCACCAAACCACAAGUCUCCGUCUCCACAGCCGUCGGCCCAGGAGAAUGGGACGGGGAGCGCCGAGGCGGAAGCCGGCUCCGGCUCCGACGAGACCACCCCUGCAGUGUACUUUUGCGGCAACUCUUUGGGGCUGCAGCCCAAGGCGGUGCGGGAACACCUGAACGCGCAGCUGGAGACCUGGGCCUCAGUCGGUGUGCACGGGCACUUUACGGCGAUGGAGGAGUCGCCGCUGGGUGGCAGCUGGCAGGACAUGGCGGCCGACCUCGCGACCAAGUCGGUGCCCAUAGUUGGUGCUGCCGGCGCCGAUGAGAUCGCCAUCAUGAACACGUUGACGGCGAACCUGCACUUUAUGAUGGCGAGCUUCUACCGACCAACGGCGACGAGGCACAAGAUCAUUGCCGAGUGGAAGCCAUUUCCCAGCGACACUUACGCCAUAGCUUCCCAGAUCGAAUGGCAUGGCUUGGACCCAGCAAAAUCACUGGUGGAGCUGCAUCCAAACGAGAACUUUUACAUCUCGACGGAGCAGAUCCUAAGAACCAUCGACGAGCACUCCAACAGCACCACCCUGCUACUCCUCCCCGGCAUCCAGUACUGGAGCGGGCAGCUCUUCGACAUGGAGCGCAUCACGGCGCACGCACGCGCCAAGGGCAUCACGGUGGGGUGGGACCUGGCGCACGCGGCCGGCAACGUGCCGCUACGACUGCACGACUGGGGCGUCGACUUCGCCGUUUGGUGCACCUACAAGUACCUCAACGCCGGCCCGGGCGCCAUCGCGGGCGCCUUUGUGCACCGGCGGCACGGCGAGGUUACCCGGGCGCAGGGCCAGGGCGCGCAGUACCACCCCAGGCUGGCGGGCUGGUACGGCGGCGACAAGAGCGUGCGGUUCGACAUGGCCAAGGAGUUCGUCCCGACGCCCGGCGCGCAGGGCUGGAUCGUGUCCAAUCCCAGCGCCAUCGACCUCGCCGCCCUCAGCGGCGCCCUGUCCGUGUUCAGCCGCACCACCAUGGCCGAGCUGCGCGCAAAGUCGCUGCGCCUGACGGCCUACGCCGAGCACCUGCUGGGCCGGGUCGUGGCGGACGAGGCGCUGGCGCGUGGCGACGGGCGGGAGCCCGCGUUCCGCAUUAUCACGCCCGCCAACAGGGAGGAGCGCGGCGCGCAACUGAGCGUGCUGCUGCGCGAGGGCCUGCUCGACACGGUUAUAGAGAAGCUGGGCGAGGCGGGCGUCGUGCUGGACAAGCGGAAGCCUAACGUGAUCCGUGUGGCCCCGGUGCCAAUGUACAACACUUUUGAGGACGUGUGGCGGUGCGUCAAUGCCAUCAGGUCGGCCGUCAUGGCGUGAUAUCCAGCUAUAAUACUGGUGUAAUGCAGCCUGCGUAAUAUACCGAAUCACGCCGAGAUAGCGAGGCUCACCUAGUCCAGUGUAUUGAAGACUGUGCAUAUCC